AUUGGACCAAAUUUAAACCCGACCUUACUCACCCCAACCUAAUGGCUUCGGCAUCAACCAUUUCUUCCCUCCUUCACUGUGAAACACGCUGAAACACCCUGAAACACCCAAGGGGGAAGAAGAGAGGUAGAAACCAAACUCUCACCCCAUAUUCAAUCUCAGUUAUCUUUCAAUUCGGAAUUCCGAUCACCGUACUGCUUGUCGUCACGCGAUUACUACGUGGAGCUCUACAAAACCCACCAAAAUUGUGGUAAGCAUGGUAGAACGGUACUCAUGCUUCUCUUCCUCCGCCGUCGUCCUGGAAGGCUUGUAUAUAUCUCUCAGAAAGAAGGCCGCCCACAAGACAAUCACCACAGACGACAAAAGGCUUCAGAGCACCCUCAAGAGAAUAGGCGUCAACGCCAUCCCUGCCAUCGAGGAAGUUAACAUCUUCAAGGAUGACGUUGUUGUCCCUUUUACAGGGUUGCAGGAUAUACUCCCUAAUAUUAUCCACCAAUUCGGAACAGAUAACUUGGAAAACCUAAAGAAGCUAGCGGAACAGUUUCAGAAGCAGGCUCUUGAUAGUUGAUAUGGCAUCAUGGUUAUUGUCAAUGGGGUAAAUACUAAUUUAUUCCAUUCAUUUCUUUUUUAAUACUAAUUGACUGCAGUAAUUAAUUGAAUUAUAUUUUGUCCAAUAACAUGUCCAGCUAAACCACCACUUUAAUCACCGAGACAAGGACUUAGUGUGAAUAAAUUGUCAUUUCCGUUUAUUUGAAAAUUAAAGAAAAAGUAUAAUGUUAUUCAUGUACCAGAUAUAGAUCAAACUUUUCUUUCCUUUAGUACUAUUUUCUGCUUUCUUUUCAUUUAAUUUCGAUAAUGAUCAAUGCAGUAAUAGUACUUUUUGGUAUUUGCUCCUCUUCAUUUCAGUCGGUGCUUGCAAUUAUAUUUUACAAUUCCAAUUUCAGGCUGAGCUGCAAAAGAUGUGUGGUAAUUGCAAAUAUAUCAAACUUUAGGACUUUAGACUUAAUUAUUCUAUUUGCAGUUGUCUGGGGAAGUUCAUUAUUUUUUUAAUGGGAGAAGGAAUGCAAGUAUGAUUUUAUUAGGGAAUAUUUUAUAGUUGAUAGUUGAUUUCUAGCAGUAUUUUAUUCCCUUCCAAAGCUAAACAGAAAUAUAUGGAUGCAAAUUGCAAAAUUUUGAGUAACGGUUUACACUGGAAAAAGGAAUGUCAUUAAUGUAGCUUUGGGUUGAUAGCAGGCUAAGAUCUUUUCCUUCAGCACAUUCUCUGUUUCUAGUUCUAGGGUCAGAGAAAGAGUGAAAAGAACCCCAAUCAUCUUCUUUAGCAUACAAAUGAAGUGAGCUUCAAAAGUGGAAAGCAUCCUCUGUUUUUGGUUCUGAUGAGCUUUCAACCAAGCUAGGAUCUUUUCCUUUAGUAACAUCCUAUUUUUGGUUCAUCUCCAUCCUCAUUUUCAGAGACAGGGAAAAGCCUGAAAAGCAUUGUAAUAAUAAUCUUCAGCAAAUUAUUAUGAGAUUCAUUGGCAAACAUGAAUAUAUGUAUUUGAAAUGCUAGUUGAACUUUUUAAUAUCUAUUUUAAUUAAAACUUUAUUGGUUAAUAA